UUCAAGGACUCGGAGAGACAAAACAGACUAGAGAGAUAACAAACGUACUGUUACCAGUGAACUGCCCCUUGUCUUUUUAGCUGUUGCCUCGCCGGAAACCAUUCUUCCCCGUCCUUUUCUUUGUACUCACCGGUUUUAAAACCACCAUGGAAGAAACCGGUUUUGUACCGUUUCCGGGAAACCUAGACCCUAGAGCUCAAGAGUUCCGACCUCGACAUAAUAAUCUUCAAGAUUUCACUACAAAAUUUCCUCCUUUUGGGCCGCCGCCUCCGCCGCCACCACCACAACUACCUCAGCUCCUGCACCAAGUCUACUACCCCUACACCCCUCAAGCGGUGCCGUUUUGCGACUUUGUAGGUUUCACCCAGUAUCAUCAUCAUGUGCCUCCGAUGUACGAUACCGUGGGUACUCCUCUCCCUCUUCCUCCUACUGGCGCGCCAACUCGGACUCUGGUACUGAGUUCAGUGCCGAGCGACGUGAGUGAGACAUUGAUUAGGAGAGAAUUGGAGGUUUUUGGAGAAGUUAGAGGGGUCCAGAUGGAAAGAGUAGGUGAUGGGAUCGUGACCGUUCAUUUCUACGAUUUAAGGCAUGCAGAGAGAGCCUUGAGGGAGAUACGAGAGCAGCACAUGCUGCAUCAAGCCAGGCUAAGGAAUCUCUUUAUUCAAAAUUGUGAGAGCUUGAGCUUGAAUAUUGCACCACCCCCACCGGCGCGUGGUUUGAUUGCGGGUUGUGUAGUUUGGGCUCAGUUUAUUAUCCCGUCUUGUAAAGCGGUGCCCGACGGGCAAAAUCAAGGGACCCUUGUGGUCUUCAAUUUGGACCCCAAUGUUUCUACUAGAUGUCUCAAAGAAACUUUCCAAGCUUUUGGUGCUGUUAAGGAAUUGAGAGAGACUCCUUUGAAGAGGCACCAAAGGUUUGUGGAGUUCUAUGAUGUAAGAGAUGCAGCCAAGGCACUCGGAGAGAUGAAUGGAAAGGAAAUUUACGGAAAGCAAGUUGAUAUUGAAUUCAGUCGUCCUGGUGGGUAUGGAAAGAAGUUUUUCAAUGCCAGCACCACCACUUCCAAAACCUCCUUCUCUGCUCCUGCCAUCAACUCCACAAGAAACCUUAACCGUUCCAGAAUUUCAACUUACGCCUCUCCACCAUCACCACCAUUGCUUCGUAGAUUCUCCUCCGGCUGCUCGUCUCCGAAUAUCUCCCCCCGCUCAUUUCUGUCUGAAACUCACUCCUCAGCUGGAAAGAAACCGUCUGGUAGUCCUGGCAAGGGAAACCCUAAUGAGGCUUCAAAUGAAGCUGCGUCAUCGGGGUGCUUGUCAUUGGGUGGUGGUGCAGUUGGAGAUGGAAUUGUUGAGAAGGUUACUGAUCAUGGGCCUCCCAAGAAAAGCUCAAAAAAGAGCCAGAACAGCCAGUCCUUCACAGCUACAAAGCAUCAACAGAAGAGUGCGAAGUCAUGGAAGGGAACAAGGCAAGCGAAGAAGUUUGAUACUCGUUUUCUCAUAAGUGGUGAUGAUUCCAUGGUGGAAACCAGUGGUAGUGAUUCCAGAACCACUGUCAUGAUCAAGAACAUACCCAACAAGUAUAGUCAGAAGCUGGUGUUGAAUAUGUUGGACAAUCACUGCAUUCACUGCAACGAGCAGAUUGCCAAUGGGGAUGACCAGCCCUUGUCUUCUUAUGACUUUUUAUACCUUCCCAUUGAUUUCAAUAACAAGUGCAAUGUGGGGUAUGGGUUCGUGAACAUGACGUCCCCACAGGCAGCAUGGAGGCUCUACAAGGCCUUCCAUAAUCAACACUGGGAGGUCUUCAACUCUCGAAAAAUCUGUGCAGUCACUUACGCUAGAGUUCAGGGAUUGGAAGCGUUGAAGGAGCACUUUAAGAACUCAAAGUUCCCGUGCGAGAUGGACCACUAUCUUCCAGUUGUUUUUUCUCCGCCUCGAGACGGGAGGCAACAGACUGAGCCUCUCCCCAUUAUUGGCCUCAAGCAGCUCCAACAGCCCAUCAAUCUAGGUCACCGCCCCCACCAUGAGAUUGAAGAUGGUGUAGACGAUAGCAGCCUCAAGAUUUGCAACAAGUUAUGUGGUAACACUGACCAAGAAGGAGAAAACCAGCACAAGUGCUGUAGCAGCAUCAGCAGCAGCCAAAACGGCGGCGAUGUUGGUGAUGAUGACAAAGACAGUAGUGGCGGCAGCAACUAGACGAUAGGAGUAUCAUAUAGAUAAUCAUAUAUUUACUGCAAAAACCAACGCUGUGUCCAUCACUGGUCUACUGCUAAAAACAGCUUAACCUGCACCGCCCAAUGAGGUGCUUCUUGUUGAGCACCGAGCCUCCCACUCACUUACAUAUAAAAGCCCACUGUCACUUACCAAGCCUAAAACCUUUAUCUGUCCUCACUCAGUCUAGCUAGCUGACCUGACCACCAUCACCUCCAUUUACUCUCCCUCUACUGUAAUGUGGCAGUAAAAACUAAAGAAAUUGUAUUGUACAAGCUCGUUUUUGUUUUUGAAUCUCUCUUUUUAGCUGGCUAUGAAAAUUGUAGUUCAAAA